GAUGCAUAUCCGAAACGAGAAGUGCUAGUCUUUCUUGUAGAUUUUUAUGUGUAUAUUCAUAUAUGAACUAUAAAAUAAUUAACCCCAUCGUGGCAUCCAGUUAACUCGUUGUGAUCUUAUUCCAUUUUUUGCACGACGUCCAGCACAGUUUUCAGGGCGCAUUGCAGACACCUAACGAGACCUUGUAGAACAUUCCACAGUCAGAUGUGGUUACACCCAGCACGGGCGGUGUCACCAGCAUUUCCGAAGUGGUUGCCUCUGGAAUCAAUUCUGUGGUAAACCUUUUCUGUUGUCGUCUGAAAGCCGAUUACUGGACAACUGCAGAGAUGUUUUUCGCUUAGAGCUUGCGGGUUCACAGCGGAGCUGCUUUCUCGAUUCCUUGAGUCGUAUCAACAUUGCUUGUUAUUUUAGUUCAUAAAGGGAUGAACUGUGGUUAGCCACCCAUAUCUACGGCUGCCAAACAUUUUCUCAUGUUAUCACAUGAUUCCAUCACAUCGCAUUGGUGUAUAAUUUCCCACUAUCGCACUGAAACUCACCACCUUUUUACACCCUUUUAAAGUACUCUAUAUCCUUCAUGCGAAGAGAGGCGUGGUGGCUUUUUUUUGUUGCCCCUCUAACACAGUCACUUGCUGCAGUUUUCUUUGUAAAAUUUCAAAAGAAAAUAUUAUUAUUAUUACUGAUAUGGAAAUUCAGGUAAUGUAAAUAAGAAGAUGAUCCAAAUAAGACAUGAACGAAUAUUGAUUGUUGUGUGAAGUCAUCAUUUAGGGAUUUUUAUUCGUUACAGAGCACCGUGAAGUGCAUAUUUUAUCUCUUUUUCUUCCUCCCCCUACUCAUAACAAAACCUCUUUUUCUUCAUUCCCAAGUGCAAGUACAAAUUAUUUAUAUAAAUUUAUGUAAAAGAAACAUGGUAAGGUCUCAGCGUCAAAUCAAUGCAGAUUCAUCUGGCGAAAGUCCUAUUCGCUUUAAGACUUCACUGCGCAAUAUCGUUCUCGACGUGAUGCGCAGUCGAGGUUGGAUUGAGACGGAAAGCGAAUUUGACUGGGACUAUCAUUGGGCUGAUACGGGGUGGAUUCGCGAAAACUAUGAUCACAUUCGCCUCGAGGAUCACCAGCGGAUUAACCAUUAUCGCAAUCACUACGAGCUCACGCGCAAGGACAUGAUGGCGAAAAAUUUUAAAAGAAUGAAGAAGAUGGUUGAAAAAGAAGGUGACGCUGAGGAGGCCGCGGCGUGGGACUUCUUUCCGACAACCUUCUCCCUCCCACAGGAGUACGGACUUUUUGAGCAAGAGUUUCGCCGGCGUAACAAUGCUAUUUGGAUUAUGAAGCCCCCUGCCAAAGCGCAGGGGAAGGGAAUCUUUCUCUUUUCGAAGCUUUCGCAGAUUUCCGAGUGGCGGAGGGAAUUUCGACAGCGCCAAGGGAUGCUUACAAACACCGGUGGCAACGCGGGUGGCGGUAACUCUCUGUUCAACAGCAAUCCGUACGGUGUCGAUCCUGUGGAGCCUUAUCUUGCCCAACGCUAUAUUGCUAAUCCCCACUUAGUCGGAGGUAAAAAGUACGACCUGCGUAUAUACGUGCUUGUGCAAAGCUAUAACCCUCUCAUUGUGUGGCUUCAUCGAACUGGCUUUGCGCGCUUUUGCUAUCAUCGCUUCUCUCUCGAGGAUAUCGACAACACCUUUAUCCACGUCACGAACGUAGCGGUUCAGAAGACAAAUCCACGCUACACCGCCUUGUCGAGCUGCAAGUUUGGGAUUCGCAAUCUCAGGAUGCUCAUCACUGCGUCUGAAGGGACCGCUCGCGCUAACCAGUUAUUCGACGAUAUUCAAAACAUGAUUUUGCGCACCAUCUUCGCUGUUCAGCGUGUGAUAGUUCAGGAUAAGCACUGCACCGAGCUUUACGGCUAUGAUAUCAUGAUUGAUGACGAGUUGCAUCCGUGGUUGAUUGAGACCAAUGCGUCCCCAUCCCUGACAGCGGAGACUCCAGCAGAUUAUCAUUUGAAGUUUAACCUCCUUGAUGACAUGUUCAGUGUGAUUGAUUUGGAGAAGCGACGAAGUGGGAGCGAAACACGAAUUGGUGGAUUUGAUAUGAUCUGGAGCAAUGGUCCAGUCGGUCCCACCCCUAGUGACUCGAAGGCGCCCACAUCAGGAUCGUGUUUGGGUUGUUUAAACGAACUCGAAAUACCCAUAUCUAUGGUCCGAAUGCCUCCACGAUUCCAAGGGCAUGAUAUGAGUGAGCGCCUGUUAACAUAG